AUGACGCGUUUAAAAUUUCAGUGCAUUCUAGUUUUCUUCACUUUUUGUGUGCAAGAGGGAUUAUCAGAGGAUUAUGCAGCGCGGAUUGGAGAAAAUAUACUUUUACAGAGAGUAAAGCGUCAAAGCAAACCAACUAAACCAGUGCUGAAGGUGACAGACUACCAUGUGAAGUGUUCGGUGGUGUCCCGCUAUGCUGUUACCACAGUCCAAAGUGCAGUAUGGAACCAGCUCGCCAUCACUAAAGAGGCUGCCUUUGAGGUGGACCUGCCCUCCUCUGCUUUCAUCUCCAACUUCACCAUCACCUCCAAUGGCAAGGUGUAUGUGGCCCAGGUGAAGGAAAGAGCCGCUGCCAGGAAAAUUUACGACGCUGCUAAGAAGCAAGGAAAAACUGCCGGACUUGUCGCCACCAAAGAGAGGGAGAUUGAGAAGUUUCGUGUGGCAGUAAGUGUACCGUCUGGAGCUCGGAUGUUCUUCUCACUGUCCUAUGAGGAGCUGUUACCUCGGCGACUGGGCCGCUAUGAGCUCAGUUUGGGUCUGAGGCCGGGACAGCCUGUCCAAAAUCUCACAUUAGAUGUCAGUAUAACAGAGCGAACGGGCAUCAGUUUCAUCAAGGUCCUUCCACUCAAGACAAGCCGACUGCUCUCCAACACUGCUCAAGGUGCUGCAGAUGCACCCACGUCCACUCAUGUUGAGCAGAGUGCUGGCUGUGCUCGAGUUCACUACAGUCCCACUCUGCAGCAGCAGAACAGCAUCUCUUCCAAGGGUCUUGAUGCAGACUUCCUCAUUCAUUAUGAUGUGAACCUCAGAGACCUCAUGGGUGAUGUCCAGGUGCAUGAUGGCUACUUUGUGCAUUAUUUUGCACCCAGAGGACUUCCUGUGGUUCCUAAGGAUGUUAUAUUUGUCAUUGAUGUCAGUGGCUCCAUGAUAGGCACCAAAAUAAAACAGACCAAACAGGCCAUGAGCACCAUCCUCGGGGACCUCAGAGAGGGAGACCACUUUAAUAUCAUCACGUUCUCAGACAAGGUUCACACUUGGAAGAAAGGACGAACAGUGCGUGCCACUCGGCAGAACGUACGAGAUGCCAAAGACUUUGUGAAGAGGAUUAUUGCAGAAGGAUGGACCAAUAUCAAUGCAGCUCUGCUUUCAGCUGCUCAGCUUGUCAAUCCACCAUCCUCUAGAUCUUCUGGCCAAUUCUCGUCCCGUCGUGUCCCUCUGGUCAUUUUCCUCACUGAUGGGGAGGCAACAAUUGGCGUAACAGCUGGUGACACCAUCCUUAGUAAUGCCAAGAAGGCGCUAGGCACGGCCUCUCUGUUCGGCCUUGCUUUUGGAGAUGAUGCAGACUUCCUCCUCCUGAAGCGUCUGGCUCUGGAUAAUCGAGGUGUAGCUCGGAUGGUGUACGAGGAUGCAGAUGCAGCCUUGCAGCUGAAGGGCUUCUAUGAUGAAGUGGCCAGCCCUUUGCUAUCAGACAUCCAGCUGUCCUACCUGGAUGAUCAGGCGUUUGACAUCACCCGCUCCCUGUUCCCAAACUACUUCCAAGGCUCUGAGUUGGUGGUGGCUGGGAGGGUUAAACCAGGGGUCAAGGAUUUAAAGGUGUUAAUGUCUGCUAUUGAUUCAAAGCAGCAUGUCAAGUUGGAGAAUGAUGUGUUGAUUUCCCAAGCAAAGGGGAAUGGGACUGCAUAUUCGCUUGACUGUUCAGGAGGUUUAGAAGGAAUCUCCAGCUUUGUGCAUCGUCUCUGGGCGUAUUUCACUAUCAAAGAAUUGCUGCUGGCCAAACUGAACGCAACUGACCCUGCUACUCAGAGGUUACUGGCAGAGAAGGCCACCAACCUCUCCCUCAAGUAUAACUUUGUUACACCGGUCACAUCUUUAGUUGUAGUGAAGCCAGACGCUGAUGAAGCAGCUCAAACUCCAACCACCACAAAACCUACCAUUGCAGCCACUAUAACCACGACAGCAACGACUACUGCUAUGUCCAAAAUAUCAGCAGCUGGUGCUGCAAAGAAGCCAAACUCACCCUCUAACACCAGGCCAAAAAAAGCAAAACCAGACCCUCCUCAGCCACCUACACCACAACCUAAAAAAAUGUCAUUACCACUUUCACCAUCCAAGAAAACCACAACAACGUCAAGUCCCAGCACCACUAAAACUGCCCCAGCGCCAUUCUCUGGCAAAAAGCCCUCGCCUUCCCGAAAUGAUUCUAAAACUGCCUCCCCUCCUCCUUCUGGAAAGAUAUCCACCUCUUUGCUUAACGCUCUAAAAACAGCGCCACCCCCUGCACCUGGAAAAAUCUCCACCUCCCAGCCCAUGAAAACAAUCCCACCCUCAACAACAACAACAACAACUACUACUACUGCUGCUACUACCACCACAAUGCUAACAUUCACCACCAGCACCACACCUCCUCUCAGGACUGACCCUGUAUUCCAGCCUGGGAGACCCCUUACCCCACAGCCCAGUACAGUGAGGACAGCUCUGCCUCCUGUCAAAGUGGCUGCAUCCUCCACAGAGGCAGAACACACACAUACCACAUCCGCUUCAGGUCUUACUCACCCUGAUAUCACCACUGCUCUGCCACAACUAUUGUCUCCACUCACCCCUCCCACUCCAGCCCCGGCUCCGGCUUUGGAAGGCAACGACACAGACUCAGAUGUGGAUGUAGAUCUGAGCAUUGCUACCCUGGUGUCAGCUACUUUCGCUCCCAUGCCGGGUGUGACAGAUGGGCCGAGACUGUGGGAGGCAGCAGGGCUUCUGGAUGUCUCCACCUCCAUUCAGAUUCAGAGAAAAGAUUUUGACCUUGUGAAAGACUACGAUGCAACCUACGACUAUGACUAUGAUCUCAGCUACGAUGCUUGGGACGAUAGUGCAGACACAGAAUCAUUUGAGCCUCCGUCCAGCCUGAGCACCGUCAGGGUCUUCUCCUCAUCAGUUGAUGGAGAUCCUCAUUUUGUGGUUCAGUUGCCAAAGCUGCAUCAGAACCUCUGCUUCACAGUAGACGGCAGAGCUAAUGACGUUCUCAGACUGUUAGAGGACCCAAAGAGAGGGAUCAUUGUGGAUGGCCAUCUAAUGGGGGCUCCAUCCAAACACGGUGCAGAAGAGCGCCCCCGCACCUACUUUGACAGGCUCACCAUCUCCUCAGCCACAGCUGGCUCUGGUGACAUUAUGAUCACACUCUCAUUGGACAGUGUGGUAGUGGAAGGGGAAGGGCAGGAUAUCCUCCCCAUCAAUCAGCAGGGAUCGGUGACGAGGCAGGGUGUGACGGUUGCCGUGGACAACCAUCGGAGCUGCUGGAUCGAGCUGACUAAGGAUAUACGCUUCCUGGUUCUGUUCCAUCACUACAAACACCCCAGCUACCUACAAAUGCCACACCUGGGUUUUUACAUCACACACGGACGAGGACUGUCUGCCUCAACUCAAGGUCUACUCGGCCAGUUCCAGCAUGCUGACAUGAGCAUAAAAGUGGUUAAGGAUCAUCAGGAUGGAGGUGCUCACCGGGCUAACAAGGAGGGAAUUUUGAGCAAAUCUGGGAUCCUGAGGUGGGGAUCAGAGCACGUGCCCGUCACUUUGCAAGACAAGUCGCUAAAAGACACGGUGCGAAAACGCCACCUAGGCAAGUGUUGGGUGGUGCCCAAAGCAGAAAUAGAGAGACUACUGGGUCAUCCGUAUGAGAGCUACGUGGUGGAUCAUGUGUAA